AUGAUAAACGUUGAUGCAAGUGUUGCUAGAGCUGAGGGUUUUCAGUUGGCCAAACGUCUCUCUGUUUUUGAUCUCAUCGCCAUUGGAGUUGGAGCAACAAUUGGAGCUGGAGUUUACAUUCUUGUUGGAACAGUUGCUAAAGAGCAAACAGCAGGGAGUUUCAGCAUUAUGUUAUGCAAAACUCGCAUGUUGUUGCCCAUCUACAAGGAGUGCAUAUCACUAUUCCUACUUAUGUGUUGGAGAAGGGCUGUGUUUUUUGGAGGUCCAGAUAAGCUUCCUGCUUUCUUAACUCGACCCACCAUUCUUGGAAUUGUAGUUGAUCCUUGUGUUGCUGUUUUAGUCUUCAUUAUAACUGGACUACUUUGCACUGGAAUCAACGAGGUUUCAAGACUCAAUGGGUGGGAUAUAAAGUUCCAGGCGGGUAUUUCCCGUAUGGAGCUAAUGGAGUACUUGCUGGAUCUGCAACCGUUUUUUUUCUCAUAUGUUGGUUUUGAUGCAGUAACCAGCACAGCAGAAGAGGUAACACUAGUGAUUGUGAUUGUUCUUUCUGAAGUGUAUAAUUGUAAUUUUCAUAUUGUUUAUAUUACAGGUGAAGAAUCCUCAGAGAGAUUUACCUAUUGGGAUUGGGGUAUCUGCUGUGUUUACAUUACAGGUGAAGAAUCCUCAGGUGAAGAAUCACUGUUUACAUGCUGUGUUUUGUAUAUGCUUGUAUCUGCUGUUGUGAUUGGUUUGGUGCCAUGUUCCCAAUUAGACCAUGAUACCCCUAUCGCCUCUGCUUUUGCUAAUUAUGGAAUGAAUGGAGCAGUAUACGUUAUAAGAAUCGGAUCUGUCAUUGCUCUCUGUGCUGCUUUAAUUGGUGGAAUCCUUCCUCAAGUAUGUAUAUGCAUGUUUGUGUUUUACUUAAUGCACAAAGCAUGUCUUGAUAUAGGUUAA